CCGGGCAAGUUAGUUUUUCGAGUUCGGAGCCCAGGAGCCCCCGCGGCCGUCGCGUUGUGCCCACCGCCUGGGCCGGGAUGGAGCUGCCGGUCGUGAACUUGAAGGUGAUUCUCCUGGUCCACUGGCUGCUGACAACCUGGGGCUGCAUGGGGUUCUCGGGCUCCUAUGCCUGGGCCAACUUCACCAUCCUGGCCCUGGGCGUGUGGGCCGUAGCUCAGCGGGACUCYGUGGACGCCAUAAGCAUGUUCCUGGUGGGCUUGCUGGCCACCAUCYUACUGGACAUCAUCCACAUCAGUGUCUUCUACCCAGUGGUCGCCACCUCAGACAGUGGCCGCUUCAGCGCCGGCAUGGCCAUCCUCAGCCUGCUGCUCAAGCCCUUCUCCUGCUUCCUGGUCUACCACAUGUACCGGGAGCGCGGGGGCCACCUCCUGUCCCACGAUUUCCUUGGACAUUCUCAGGAACAUAGUGCCUACCAGACAAUUGAAUCCCCAGAGCCACCUGCGGACCCCUAUGCAGUCCCAGAGGGCAGAGGUCAAGCCACCCGAGGGUACUGAAGCAGCCCCCGUGCCAGCCCUGCUGCAUCACCUUCCUGGUGCCCGGGACAUCCUGGUCCCCGACUUCCCUUCCUUGGACUCCCUUCCUUGGGCCUCACAUGGAAUGUGUCUCCUGGUCCCUGUUCCAGGGGCUGCUGGAAUCAAGUGCCCUGAGAGGCCAGGAGCCCCCGUGGCUUCCCAGCCCAUGAACACACCUGUCCUAACCUCCAAGGCCUCCCCUCCCCUCAAGUCUCCCUUGUCCCUAAGCUGGAACCCUGGCUUUCUUUGCCUCCCACUGUGCCACGCAGACCCUGGGGCACGUCAUUCCUGGGUGUGGCUGGGUCAGGCCUCUCAGGAGCGGUGAUGGCCACCUCCCCAGGCCUCCCCAAGUCUGUGUCAUCCUUCUGCAGAAUGCUGAGCACUUCAGGUCACUCCCAGCUCCGGACCUCAUCCAGCGUGGCACUGAGGUCCUGUGCUCAGGUCACUUGAUGCGGGGCCCCGGGCCUAGAGGCAGGAGGUGUCUGCAGUGCCCAGCAGCCACCACAGCCUGCAGAGCGAGGCAUGGAAAUCUGAGGACUCUGUGGCCAGGCUGUAUCGUGGGCCACGCUUAACCUCCUGGCUGUGCUGGGCGGUUUCUCCUUGGGCACCUGGUAGAGCCCGGCUUGGCCCGGCCAAGGCCACAGCUGAGAAGKYGCUGGGCAGUGCAUGGGACCUGGAUCAGAGGACCUGGYGUUGGCUCRAACCCUCCUCUGCCACUUAGUACCUUCASUGUCUCCCAGGAAGGGCUGAUCUUGCCUGUCCAGAGCCAACUGUGAUGUUCAGGUAAAGUGAGYGGCCCAGGCAGGACGCCUGAGUGACAGCACGCUGUCCACAGUGAGCUGCUCCCUGAGCCAGUGGURCUGUUGGGUCUGGAGGCAAGGGGUGGCUUUGUCCUGCAGCCCCUGUGUCCUGGCCACAGAGCGGACUCAUGUCCAAGAGCUCCUUGGAUCCCAGGGCCAGGGCUCACCUCACUUGACUGACAGGCCAUUAAGAGCUUGCUAUUCUGUCCCCUGGGCCCAGGUUCCUGGGCUUCUGCAGGGGCGCAGCCCUACCCAGUAAGGGCUUGGGCCCACAGUGGGGCCCUGGUGCCUGCUCUCCAGGGAAGACAUGCUUAGUCAUCAGGAGGAUCAGGCUGAGGCAAGAGCCCUGAAAGGAAGAGCCCUCUGGGCAGAUGGGGGAGGCUGCUCUGGGGCCCGGGGACAAUGGGUGGCCACGGCUAUGAAAGCCUGGAUUGGCCAUGGUCCACUCACCGCCUGGGACGCCACCUGGCAGUUACAGUGAAYGAACCUGACCACGUGCCAACGCUGCUCCCAGAUGGGAACAGAMUGCAGAAGGCGGGUGCCACAGGAGAGCGCUGGUGUACCCCUGAAACACCACGGCACGCCCCUUUUGCUCUUGGGAGUGCACKCAGAAAGGGGUAAAAAGAUGAGCUAGAUGACACAUGUCAACUUCAUGACUGCAGUGGCCUGGGGGAGGGCGCUGUGACCGAGAGGAAUGGGGCUCAGAGGCCAGGCCUUUCCUCUUCUCUCGUGGGUCCCUGGACCAGGAAGGCCUGCAGUGUCCAUGCUCUGACAGGAGUGGGUCAGGCUUCCAUGGGAAUGAGAGGGAGGCACAGCCUGGCUGGGCAGCAGGAGCAGCCAUGCAGAGCCUGUGCACAGCAGAGGGGAGGGGACAGUACAUGACAGACCACAGUUCCUUGUCCCCAUCCCCCAAGUUUGACCCACUCUGGGGGAAGGGCCCGAGGAGGCCUGCUGUCUCAGGAGGGUUCCCC